UGAGUUUACUCCGGCCGUCAGAAGUCAGAAGGGGGAACAUCCCGCCCUGCUCUCUGCACAGGCGUGUUCUCGGGCAGCCAUGUGUUGCUCAACUUCCUGGAGGAUGGAGGCGUGACGUCGCUGCAGCCCGCAGACAGGCCCGGACGGCGGCGAGAGGAGGCAGGAGGACGGACGCUGCCGCAGAGCCCACCGCCACCGCCGAGACGCACGCAGGCAUCCAGCGGGGCAACGAGCACCGGCGGUCGGCCAUAAUGCGGCAUCAUCGCCCGCUGACCCCGGAGCUGAUGUGACUGUUUCACCCCCUCCUUCACCCCCGGAGCAGGGAGGGAGCCAGCAGCGCCUCUUCCCCGCCGGUGUCGCCCCGUCCUCGGUGCCGUCUGGAGAGCGCAGGCCGGUGGAGGGAGGGUGGAGGCUGGCAGGGCGGGUGGACAUGUCCUCGCUAACCGUGGAGGAGGACCAGAGAUGGGUACCGACGCACGUCCAGGUGACGGUGCUGAGAGGAAGGGGCUUACGGGGCAAGGGCAAGCACGGCACCAGCGACGUGUACACCAUCAUCCAGCUGGGGAAGGAGAAAUACUCGACCUGCGUGGCGGAGAAGACCACCGAGCCCGAGUGGAGGGAGGAGUGCUCCUUCGAGCUGCAGCCCGGCGUGCUGGAGAGGACGGCCGGCAGGAGCGCGUACCCGGCCGCCUGCAACGAGCUCGUCCUCACCGUGAUGCACCGGGCGCAUGGGCUGGACGUGUUCCUCGGACAGGCGGUGAUCCAGCUGGACAAAGUGUUUCACGAGAGCAGAUGCUUGAAAAACGAGUGGUACAGACUCAACUCUAAGACGGGGAAGAAGGAGAAGGAACGAGGAGACAUCCAGGUCAGCGUCCAGUUCACCAGAAACAACCUGACGGCCAGCAUGUACGACCUGGUCAUGAAGGACAAGGGAGCCUCCACCUUCAGCAAGCUAAAGGAGCGCAUGAGGGGCAAGAGGAGGUCCAGCGAUGAGGACUCCUCGUCGGCCAUCCUGCCCGGAGGGUACGGGUCUCUGUACCGGAUGCGCCAAAGACUGCCGAGCGACGGAGGCGGCGAGGAGGAUUACGAGGACGACGAGGGCGGAGAGGCCCGGCGCAGCAAGAUGAGGACCUUCUUCCUGAGGGGGAAGUUGAGGAAAUCGUCCGACACUCGCUCCAGCACGUCUUUAGGCUCGGAGAGCAGCGAGUCUUCGUCCAGAGGAGGAAGCCUCAGUCCCACAGCUGGUAUCAGUGUGGUGGUCUCUGACCUGUCCAACUCCCCCAGUAACAGCAGCAACCUGACUGCAGAUAACAGCCCAGAGCACACAGCCAACACGUCGCCCAAGUCGUCGUCUCUCAAAUGUGAGUUCGGUGAUGAGGCCGGUGAGAUCACCAUCGCAGUGCCUCUGCCCACUGUUUGCGUUAACGGAAGCCAUGCUUACGACGUCCAGCCACUGGACCCGGGCUCAGGAAAACCCUCGAGUUCUUUAGGCUUGGGACUGUUGCAGAAGUCUUUGCCUCUGUCCAUGUCUCUGCAGAACCUCAACCCCCGGACCUCCUCGGACCUCCACGGAGGCCCGGCAGGAGACGGCCGCCGCUGGUCCUUCGACAAACCCGGCGAGGAGGAGAAAGCUGCCAUAGCGGCGGCGCUGGAGAAAAGCGGGCCGAUGGUGGUGGAAGAAGACGGCGGGGAAGCGGCUCCGACCGAAGCCGCCUCGUCCUCGUCUGCUUCGUCGGAGCCGGAGGUUCAGGGGAAAAAGCAGAGGAGGAACUUGUUCUCCCACGGCAGGAACGACUCCGCCGGGAAAGCUCAGCCCAAGGAUGAGUCUGAACAGGCCUCCUCAGCCACCGAGGAGAAACACAAGGGAUGGUUCGGAUCAAAAGACUCGCACGGCAAACUCAGCCCGGUGGUGUCACCUUCACUAGAGCCCAGCACUGACCCCCACCCACCUCCACCUCCACCCAGUCACCUCCCCUCGGGUUCCUCCUCUCUGCACCACACUAACCCCUUCUGCCCCUCACAGACCUCUCCGCCUCCCAUCUCCCCCUGCAACCCUUUCUUCUCUCUCCUGCAGCACAACCCUUUCUUUGAAGACACGCUAACCACUCAGCAGCUAAACCCUCCGCUGCCUCCUCUGCCCUUUCUUUCCAGUUCCCGGCCCCCCAUAGCUCGGCUCUUUCCCGCAGAGGACUCUAUCGCUGACUCAAACAGCCAAGCCAUGGCCAAAGUUUGGGAGCGACCCCUUCCUCCAGCUCCCAUGGAGGCCAAGAAACCUCUAGUCAAGAAGUCUUCCAACCCUUUUAUGUCUGUGGAAGUGAAUUCAGAGUGGGACGAGUCCUUUGAAGCGUUUGCAGCUGGCAGGCUGCAGUCUCCCGAGGAUCUCACCACAGACUGCAAAACAGAGCAGAACACAGCCAGUGACCAUCGGCUGGAACGCUGCAAUAAUAAAGGAGCAUUUCUACCCAGAACGGAUCAAAACGCCAAUGUGAAUGGGGCGCUACAUCACCAGGACUGGAUGAGGGAUUUCUUCGAAGCGCAUAAAACCACCAGCCAGAUGAAGAACGCACAUCACUUCGACGCUUUCCCACAAUUCCUCGAAACAAUCCCAGAGCACAGAAGCUUUGAGACGACUUCAGAUACUUCCACGAACUCUUUAGCUUGCACUGAAACUAAACAAGACUCUACUAAUGAUUGCACUAACACGCAUCAAACUCAGCCGUCCGUACAACCAAACAGCACCUCUCCGGAUCCCAGCUCCUCGGGUCUCGGCAGCUCGGCGGAAGAAGAUUUCCUCUCCUGUGUUUCGUCUCAUUCUGACAAAUUCUCUGCAUCCUCUUCCUCUGAGGAAGCUGAAAGCAACAUCCUGGGCUUUGAGAAAUCCUGUGAGUCAGCCGCGAGGAGAAAUGAAAGGCCCUGGGAGUGUGAGGACGACACUGCUGACAGGUCGAAUGAUCUGACUUUAGUUGAUGACGCUCAGAAAACUGCCGAUCUGAGCGGUUCGGAGGGAGCUUUGGCACCACGAUCCACAGAGAUUUCACAUCCACCGCCUGAUGAGACGAGAACUGAAGCUGCAGAUACUCAGACACUAAACAUUUCAAGCGUUUUGCACCCCGAUCUCUCGCCAGAACUCCCAGAAACUCAACCAAAUUCCGAUGAAAGCAGAGAAAAAAGCCUGAACGAUCAAUUUCCUUCUACACCACCACCAUCAUUACACAUCACAGCCUCCUCCCCUGGUGUCAAGCAGCAGCUGGAUUCACCACUUUCCAACAAUUUCCUCAACAUCAGUCUAAUCCUGAACACUUCUGGCCUAGACGGCACUCUGAUUUCCGACCAGAGCUCCAGCAGCUUCCUCCAAAGCCUGUACGUCAGCGCCGACUCUCAAGGUUACCAAACCUGCCAGUCUCGACCGGCCUCCGCAGAACCCAACGAGACGCUUCACACCACGAACUCGACGCUCUGUGGCGAGUUGAGCGUGAUCAGAGCAGCUAGCGGUGUCGCUUCGGGCCUUUUAGAUUCCACAGAUGCGGCAUGUAGUGGAGAAAACAACCAAAGUGAGACCCAUGUGGGUGAAGGAGGUGCAACAAACCAACAUGGGGUCUUAUCUGAAGCGAAAUCCCCUCAGGAGCUAAACGCUACGCGACAUCGGUCCCACUCUGAAGGCUCGCUCGCACCUGCUUUCAGUGAACUCCUAACAUCUUUUGGUAGCGAUCCAGGUGCAAUACAAGAGCCGUCCUCCUCCGACUUCCCCUCUCUGACCUCCUCUGCUCCUUCUUUAACUCCUCAAAGCUCCCCUGUAGCGCUUUCUGUCCUCCCUCCCUUUGCUUCAGCGAGGUCGCCGCCGCUUCCUCAAGCCGCCGAGCCAAUGCCGCAGGAGGCCGAGCAGCAGGCAGCCAAUCAGCAGCACAGCCCCCACCUAGUGAAGCCCCUGACCACUGCCAUGCCGGCUGAGGAGAAGCGGUCAGUGCUGGCCACCGGCCUGGAGAAGCUCAAAUCCACCAUCAAUCCUGGGAGGAGCAGCCAGAUCAGCGAGCAUGAGACAGAGAGGAAGAAGUCCCUGACAGAAGGAGCGGGUUCGUACUACCACCUGACCCACAGCGAGCUGGUGGCCUUGCUGGUGCAGCGCGAGGCCGAGCUGGAGAGGCAGAAGGCCGAGUUUGAGCGUCAGAAACUGUUGCUGGCCAAGCGUGAGGUGGAGCUGAAGAGGCUGAAGCCGCAGGUCAAAGAUCUGGAGGACUACAUUGACACGCUGCUGGUGCGCAUCAUGGAGCAGAAGCCCACCCUCCUGCAAGUCCGCUCCAAGUUCAAGUGACGACGUCGGGGGGUUCCAAGGGUUUGCAGUUCAGUCCGCAUCUGUUCACUCUUAACCUCCACAACAGCUCUUUAGUCUUUUCACUGCUAUGCUGUCCUUUUUGAUACAAAUAUUUAGGCACUGAGAGAUGUCGAGGCGACGUUUUUUCUGGCCGGCAUGCUUUACUGUACUGAAACACGUCGAGAAAAAAAAAAAAAAAAAAAGGUUCGGUCAAAGUGGGUUUUGAAUGUAGCGCGUCCUCAGGUUGUUUUCAGGUUCACAAAGCCAGGUGGCGUCUUCACGGCCCGGAUGCUUCCAUUUUUUGGGAUCCUGGUUGUAGAAACAUUGGUUCCUCCUUUUCACCUCACCUGUCACUUCUUCCACCGUCUCACAAAAGAGAGGAAACUGUAGAGCUUCAAUCCAGAAUGCCGUAUGUCCAACAACACUUCUGCAAAAGUGUUGAGGAAAGCUGAUAGUCUGAGGAGCCACUCUGGUGAUUAUGCAUGUUUAAGUCCAUGAGCUAAAACUGUCAGAUCAAUUUUGGGUCAUUUUCACAGCAUACAGACAGGUUUUAGAUUGAUUUCACUCUUUCAAGGCGACCAUAGGUUCUGCUCAAGACAAAAAUCUUCCACAGUGACCGUUUUGUUGCCUUUUUUAUGUCACUUUAUUACUUUAAGAUUAAUAGAUUAAUCAUAGACUGGAAACCUGUCCUGGAUGUACUGCGCUUUUCACCUAAUGUCAGCUGGGAUGUUCUCCAGCUGCCCACAACCCUCUACAGAAUGAGGCUGCUGAUGGACAGAGAUGAAUCGCAAGUCUAUAAAAUGUCAGAAAGUAGUGAUAAAAGUCGCAGUUUUCUUUAGUGACAUCCUCAAGCUUCCCAUUUGUCUAAUUACCAGUUCAAACCCCAAAGGAUAUAGAAUCUUACAUACAUGACAAAGAAAGGAAAGCAGCAAAUCCUUAUAUUUGAGAAGCUGCAAAUGUCAAAUGUUUGGCAUUUGUGCUUGAAAACAACAGAUUUUCAAUCCUUUUAAUUUCCUGCCAGUUGCCUAAUUGAUAAGCUGACCAAUUUUUGGCUGUACUAUGUUGCCUUUGGCAUUUAAAGCACAGAAGAUCCUUGAAAAUAGGCUUGCAUAAUUGGAUCUAUUACAAAAAUGGUUUGUAUUUCUCUAAACCAGUAAAAGUUGUCUUGGGUGGUGCCCCUGGAAAACAGUCAUAUAGAGGAACUCUUUUGGUGAAACAUUUGAAUUCAGUGGUGUGAUUAAUGCGAUUAAAAUUGUUAAUUUGUUGGGGAAAAAAACAAGCAAAUUAUGUGAUGAUCCAAAUCUUCAAAGUUACCAUUUUCAAUCUGUUGGUCGCUGCUUGGAGGUUUCAAAAAUACUCACUAAUUUACAAUCAUUUUAUGUGAUCCUAAGCCCAGGAUGCAGUGAUGGUGCCCCUCCCUGCACAAUAAGGACUGAGGGAAUUGUUUUGGUUGAACAUUGGCAUGCAGGGAGACAAGUACUCUCAUUAAAAUAGCUAAUUCGCUGAAAAAGCCAAGCUGUCUUGCAUUACUUGAUGAUCCAAAUCUUCUAUAAAGCUUGUCAUUUUAAGCAUGCAGGCUGGUACAUGGGUUUUAAAAACGCUGAUCAAUCCCAGAUGUCUUGGGUGAAGCUAAGCCCAGGAUGCGGUGAUGGUACCUCUGCAAAAUGACGGCUAAAACUGCUAAGUUGCUGAAAAACCCAAGCGCUCGUGCAUUAUUUGAUGAUCCAAAUCAUUUUUGCUGCUCAGAGGUUUUUGAGAGGGAUUUUGAAAACUGUGGCAUGCUAACAACAGAAUACGAGCAGAAAAAUGUGUAAAUGGGCAACAGAAAGUGUAAAUCUGGUGAGUCAGACUGCCCUCAAAAUGAAGUCCGCUGUAUUACACAAUAGUAACACAUCACUGCUAUCAUAACAAGGGCAACAAAACGUGUCCUGCAAAAGAUUUAAAGGCUUGACUGAGGUGAUCCACAAACUAGAAUUUAAAGUAAAAUCUUUGAACGUGUUUCGGAAAAUUCAUAUCAAGCAAAUACAAAUGUGCUAAUUCACUGGUGUGCUUCUGUAACUUUUUCCACAUGAUAUACACGUUGCAUUUUGGAUUGACGCCCUACAGAUGUUCCCUGAUGAUAAAAACCGAGUGCUCUGACUAGUUUUCGAACCUACAAAACCAAAAUGAGCUGUGUGAGAGUCCAGCUUGGUCACAUGCACAACACUGGGAACCGAUCGUAGCUUCCGAAUGUUCAAAAGUGUUCUUAGCCAGCAAGUGAAUGGUUUUUACUUUUUCGAACGCACGAUGAGUGCUGUUUAACCUUUCGCUCGUUCCUUCCUUCUUUCCUUUCUUUCCGUUCGACGGGGCAUGUCUUGAAACUUACCCAUGAUGCUCAGCCACAUAAGCUAACUCGGUUGUCGUCGGGGUCACGGUGUUAUCAGGUGAAGACAGUAUCACUCAGUAUCCAGUCAGUAUCAAGAUCAGCCAUCGCAGCUCCUCUGAUCUCAUGCUUCUUGCCUUCCCACAUGUGCGUUAUCGUUGAGAAGAUGCCUGCGACAUGCUGGUACUCGACUUCCCUCCUUUCGGUGUCACAUCUCGCUUCUACACGAGCACGCAUAUCGCUUCUACUUCUACCGCUUUCAGGUGUUACAAAGGGAUAUAUACCGCGUUUUACAGCAUAUAUGCCGUGUUGAAAUGCCAAACGCUGCCUUAUUUUUGUUCCGUUCAUCGAGAAUCUCGCACUUCAUUUUACUUGUUGGGGCAGGUUUUGAAAAAAAAAAAAAAGAAGAAAAGCCAUCUGUUCACCGAAGGUUUUUCCCUUUUUUUGUUUUUUUUUAUCUUCUAAAGCUUUGUUAUGAUAUUGUUUAAGUCACUGCACAAAAAUUAAUUGUAUGCAUACCAAUAGAAACUGAGUAGUUACAGUGAUUUCCUGUGAAAUGCCAAAAAAAUAAAAAACUUACAAAAAAAUGCAAUAAAAAUUUUAAAAAAAACACAAAGCCUUGAAACUUAAUCUAUGGAGCAGAUCGAUACACCAUAAAGUAUUCUGAUAUGAUGCCACUUUUAACAGCAUUUGUGGAUGUUCUUGCACUACUUACUCGUCAGAAGAAAACUCUUACUGUACCCGUCUGUCUGAUCUCGGUAUAGUUAGAUGUACUUUACACCGUACUGCACUUUCUAAUCGCUCUGUGAUUCAAGCACUCGGCCUACUUUUGACACCACAACGAUGAUUAGCCAGUGAGCUCAACGCAUACAAAACGCAUCUAAAAAGCAUCUCGUCAUCUCAGUUCUGCUGUGCGAUCGCAAUAUCAAGUGCGUAGAUGACUGUAGAGACAUUUUUAAAUGUGAUUCGGCACUUCCCGGAGUGCAAGAAAUAAACAUCCUCGUUCAUGUCUUCCAUUUUACAAGGUUUCUUAUUUAAGUUUCAACUGAUUGUAUUUUGUCCUCGACUGUGUAGCUGGUGGAAUGUGCUUAAGGUAGUAUGUGAGAUUGGAAAGUUUACAAUCCGUGAUGCAAUUCUGUUUCACAAAUUUUGUAUAUUUAAUAAAGAAUAUUUUGUGUUUCUUGCUCACCGUA